AUUGAAUUUACAUGAUCAUGUGACCAUACAAAAUGGCAGACGGACAGUAAUUUUUUUACACCAACAUAGGUUUAUGAACAUGGGCACUGAGUACAGAUGUCAGAAUAUUUCCUACCGUGAAUUAACAGAGCUUCCAAAAGACUUGAUUGACAGGACGGCAAAAUAUGUAGAGGAACUUGAUCUAACUGGAAACAGAAUCUCUGAUCUUAGAUUUCUGAUUGAGUAUCAAAGUCUAAAGUCGUUGGUGUUGGACCACAAUGCUGUAUCAUCGCACGUGAAAAUUGCAGACAUGCCCAAUCUCCAUACAUUGUGGGUUAAUCAUAACAGAAUUGACAACUUAAGUGUGUUUAUAUCAACACUGGCAAAGAAGUGUCCAAAUUUAAAGUUUUUAUCAAUGAUGAACAACAGAGCUGCACCUAGUUACUUCAAUAAUGGAACAUUCCAACAGUAUGUGGACUACAGAUAUUUUGUAAUAAGUAGAUUCCCAAAGCUUGAGGUGCUUGAUGAUAAAAAGAUUGACAGUUCUGAGAGAUCUGAGGCAGAAAGAAUAUACAAGCCUGUAAAGAAAAGAGUUAAACAGAAAACAUAAAACCAGCUAUGUGAACUAUGGGGAAAUUUACCCUUACUAAAAAAAACAUGGAUUUUAUCUGAAAUUGUGACACUUUGAGCCAUGACAUUGACCUUAUGAAGGUCAAACAUCAAGGUCAUCAUAUAAUGAUGAGUGAUUAACUAAGGAUGUGCAAUUAACUACAUUUAUGAUAUUAAUCUUAUUGCUUGAUCAGCAAAAAAAAAGUAUUUAUGCUGUUGAGAUAUGUUUUAUCUGUCAUUUUCAAAUACAUGUUAUACUUAAUUUUUGUCAGUGAGAUAUAUUCAAUAUCAUUCAUUGUAGUGAGGAUGUAACUGAACAUAAAAAAAUAUUUCACUUUAGUGUCAAAAAUUUAUUUUAUAUUUUACUGUUUUUUGUGGAAUGCUUGAAAAAAAUUGUUUUGCUUUGAUUUAGUAAGUACCUAUAU